CGCACGGAAUGAAGAUGGCGCCGCCCGUGGAGACGGCCCACGUUGCUCGCUGUGCGAACCGCACUCCGCACGCGCUGUCCUGGGGCCGAGGGGGUCGCGUGGCGUUCGCCAGCUGCCGCUCGGUCGUGCUGUACGAACCGGAGGAAGCAAGUGUGACUGAAAUUCUGAAUGGACAUAAAGGAAGAGUUAAUUGUGUGCAGUGGGCUCAUAGAGAUGAUUGUGGUCCUGAGACGGAACUUGUGUCUGGAGGAUCUGAUAACUGUUUGAUCGUUUGGGAGUUGCAGAAUUUUAAGUUUGCAGUCUCCACCCAGCUGGAAGGCCAUUCAGGAGCUGUAUGUGCUGUUACAGCUAUGUAUGAAACUGUUAACUCGGAUGAACAUCAAAAACUGUUGAUCGCUUCAGCAGCAGCAGAUUCCUCUGUCAGAAUUUGGACAAAACAAGGUUCUGUGGGUGAAUGUGUACAAACCCUGACGUUCGGUAAUGGAUUCAUGAUGGAUGUUGCAUUAGCACAAUUACCAGGCAGUAAUGCUGUAAUUCUGGCUUGUGGAGGUGAUGAUAGCAAAAUUUAUUUAUUUGUCCGAGAAGAUGGACACUUUCAGAAAAUUCAUUCCCUUAUGGGCCAUGAAGACUGGAUUCGCGGAGUUGAAUGGGCUCUAUGUGAUGGAAACCUUUUAUUAGCAAGCUGUUCACAAGACUGUUUGAUACGCAUUUGGAGAAUAUUUGUAAGGACAGAAUCUACUUCCAAGUCUUGCGAUGGAGGCAUCAUUAAAUUGAAGGAGGACAUAUUUCAUGUUCAGAGUGACAAGGGAUUGGUGACAUAUGCUGUAACAUUGGAAACCGUGUUAGCCGGUCACGACAACUGGGUUUAUGGAGUGCAUUGGCAGCCCCCUUUUCAGAAAGAUGGUAGACUUGAACAACCCUUAUCCUUGUUGUCUGCAUCAAUGGAUAAAACAAUGAUUCUUUGGGCUUCAGAUGAAGAAUCUGAUAUGUGGUUGGAAAAGGUACGUGUAGGAGAAGUAGGUGGAAAUACCUUGGGAUUCUUUGGCUGCCAAUUCAGUCCUGAUGGAUCAAUGGUAUUAGCUCAUGCAUUCCAUGGAGCUCUUCACCUAUGGUCUCGAAAUAAAUCUAAGACGGGAGAGUGGGAACCAGAAGUAAUCCUUUCGGGACAUUUUGGUUCUGUACAAGAUUUGAUCUGGGAUCCUGAAGGAGAGUUUAUCUUGAGUGUUGGCUCAGAUCAAACAACGAGAUUGUUUGCUCCUUGGAGAAGGGCAGGUCGUGAACAGGUAACCUGGCAUGAAAUAGCACGACCACAAAUACAUGGAUAUGACAUGCAGUGCUUAGCUAUAAUUGGUCGUUUUCAGUUUGUUUCUGGUGCUGAUGAGAAAGUGCUUCGAGUCUUCACGGCUACCAAAAACUUUGUGGAAAAUUUCAGUUCCAUUACGUGUACCCCACUUGAGAACCUGCUCUCAAGCAAUAUAAAUGAUGAGAUCCCUGAAGGUGCAAGUGUACCUGCUUUAGGAUUGUCAAAUAAGGCAGUAUUUCAAGGAGAUCUAGCUGCCAAUGCUAGUAAAAUGGACCAAAGUGCUCUGCCGCUUAAUGCUGCUGACCAGUAUCCUCAGACCUACUUCCACCCAAUCAGCCUCACAGAGCCUCCUUCAGAAGAUCACCUUUUGCAGAACACACUCUGGGCUGAAGUUCAGAAGCUAUACGGACAUGGUUUUGAGAUAUUCUGUGUUGCCUGUAAUAAUGCCUCGACUGCACUGGCUUCAGCGUGUAAGGCCUCCAAAGUAGAGCAUGCAGCAAUUGUUUUGUGGAGUACCUCCAACUGGAAGCAGAUUCUCACCUUGCCAUUCCACAAUCUGACUGUCACUCAAUUGGCAUUUUCACCAGAUGACAGGUUCUUGUUAGCAGUUUCACGAGACAGAACCUGGUCUCUCUGGAAACACCAUGAAGUGGCUGAAGCUGAUUCAGGUCCUUUUUUCUCUCUGUUUGCACACACUGAUAAAAAGACAUCCAUACAUAGCCGAAUUAUUUGGACCUGUGACUGGACUUUUGAUAGUAAAUACUUUGUCACUGGUAGUCGUGACAAGAAGGUCAUUGUGUGGGGUAAUGUGGCUUUAGCUAGAAGAACUGAAGGAAGCAGCCAGAGUAUUAUCAGGCCAUGUUCAUCAGUUCUGGAUGUAGGAGAUGCAGCCACAGCUGUCAGCUUCAGCCCUGUUACAAGUCUAGAUGAAAGCUACAUUCUUGCAGUGGGAUUGGAUUGUGGAAAUAUAUUACUGUACAAGUGGAAACCACAUGAAAAUAGUUCAGCAAAUGCAGAUUGGAUGAAAUGUUUGGAGUUUGACAAAUCACAAUGUCAUACUCUAACUGUUAAGCGGUUGCAGUGGAGACGAUCUGUGGGAAGAGCAGGAUAUGACGAUGAGAAAGACAGCAACUGGUUACAGCUAGCAAGUUGUAGCACUGAUUACAGUAUCAAUAUUUUCAAUGUUAACAGAUUGUCUCUUUAAUUUGAAUACAAAAAUAUUUAUAUUCUGAUUUGUUGCAUUUUUGGUUGGUUAAAUGAGAUCAUAAAUUAUGAUUGUUUCCUAACUUAAGGAAAGCUCUGUUAACUACCCAAAGGAAAAUUGUACUAUGAUUGCAGAGAACCAUUAUUCUAGUUUACUGAACAGAGCAAAUGUAGAACAAAAGUACAGUACAAAAUUCUGGAUCUAUCAUCGUCCUAAAGAGCAGUUGAAACAAAUUGGUACAAUAAUUUCUUUCUGCAGUGUUGUGUCUGUUGUCAAGAAACUUAGCAAUAAAAGUACAUAGGAAUAUAAUUUGUUUACAAUAAACGUAUUGAUGAAGGAUUAUGCUAUUUGUCAGAAAGUGAGUCUGGCUUUCUAAUGUGAGUGCCAUGAUGAACUUUGAAAAAAAAAGUUCCAUAAUUUUGGUGUUCAGAAUGAGGUUUAUAAUACUUUCAAUUCAGUUUCUGCAAAUUUUAACAUCACUUCAACAUGAUCUGGAUUAUCUUUCCUUCCUGUAUUACUGUGUAUAUAGAUUGCAGACCUUUACCUAUGCUAUUAAAAGAAAUGACUCUAAGCAUAAUGUGUUUAAUUGAACCCAACAUUACUCUAUCAAGCUGUUAAUCCUGUUUCCAA